ACUAAAUGAGGGUGGCAACAUUGUCAACAAACAUGAAUGACACAUUUUUCUCAUCUUUAUCGUGUCUCUGUACUGUGUAAACUGAAUAAAAAUUCGAUAAUGGUGGACCGCUUAGUAAAUAGUGAAGCCAAUGCUAGAAGAAUCGCUAUGGUGGAAAACUGCUUCGGCAGUUCGGGACAGCCAUUAGCAGAACAGGGCCGAGUGCUUGUAGGUGAAGGUGUCCUAACAAAAAUGUGUCGGAAAAAGCCCAAAGCUCGUCAGUUUUUCCUAUUCAAUGACAUACUUGUAUAUGGCAACAUAGUAAUAAACAAAAAGAAGUAUAACAAACAACAUGUUAUACCUCUGGAGGAAGUCAAAUUGGAAUCACUAAAAGAUGAAGGGCAAUAUCGCAAUGGUUGGUUGAUCCGGACUGCAUCUAAAUCUUUUGCUGUGUAUGCUGCCACGGCAACAGAAAAAGAGGAAUGGAUGGCCCACAUAGAGAAAUGUAUAGAGGACUUGCUAAGAAAGAGUGGGAAACAACCACCAUCAGAACAUGCAGCAGUGUGGGUGCCAGACAAUGAAGCCGCCAUUUGCAUGCACUGCAAGAAGACACAGUUCACUGUUCUUAACAGAAGGCAUCACUGUCGCAAGUGUGGCUCGGUCGUGUGCGGGCCGUGCUCGUCCAAGCGGUACGUGCUGCGCGGGCAGAGCGAGAAGCCGCUCCGCGUGUGCCUGCAGUGCUACGACGAGCUCACCCGCGACCGCGCGCGCCCCGCGCAGCCGCCCGCGCCCAUGAAAGCUGAAAUCACGGGUGCAGGUUCCGGCGGCGACUCCUCGGGAGACGACGACAGUGACGACGACGACGACCGAGUGCAGCCCGACCAGAAACAUGACGAGGGUUUUACAAGUUAUAACGGUGUGAAAAACGGAUUCGGAAAUAAAGUCACAACAGUAUAGUACAUGUUGAUAUUGUCCAAAGUUCUACAGUGACGGUGAAAAGACUGAAGAAACUAAUAACCAUUCGUCCAAGGAUACCAAGUAAAGAAAUAAGCAACAAUGUCCCAGUACAGGAUAUGUAAUUUACAUAAAUUAUUAUAAUUUUACACUUUAGUAAUAAUAUUGCCGUGGGCUACGUCGUUAUGAAAAUGCAACCCAAAAGCUUCAUUCUAAUAUACACAGAAUUAAUUAAAUUAAAAGAAAUAACAGAUAAUAUAAAAUAUAAUCAUAUCAGCCACAGAUUAUGUUACUGUCUGCCAAUAUACAGAAGAAAAAAAUGAUUUUUAUUAAGAAUAAUGAUUUAUUGAAUAGAUCAUAUUAUAAUAUAGUAUUAUUUGGUAAAAAAUAUGAAAAAGACAGAGGAUAUAAUAAAAGUUAUUUAUCUUAUAUGAUUUGGUCGGUAUGUAGAAGUGUUUGUGGUAAGUUUUUUUAAAGUAAAUUUAUGUGGUUAUUUUUAAUAAACUACGUAUUAAUAAUAACAUCGUAGUGUCUAUUAGUGUAUGUGAUAUCAUCACCGAAAUGAACACCGAGAUGGCCUUCUACUUUAACAUUAGAUAGAAUUUUCUAUGUAUUUUAUAAAUCCAGUGAGUUCAACCGAUAUAAUAUAUUUUUAUAUAAAAAAUCAUUUCAAUAACAUUUUUUCUAGAUGUAAAUAAAUAUAAAAUGCUAAACAGCUUUAAAACGCUCAAAUAUAUUCUGAACGGGCAUCGUUUCUAAUUUAAUUCAUAUUAUUUAUUUACUUUAUGUUUACACUUGUGAGUUUCGCUCAUAAAACUAUGCUAUUAAUAUAUAUUAAAGUAAAGUUAUGUUAUAAUGUUGAACAACUUUGUUAUAAACAGAUUAUGGCCUUUUUUCAUGAAAAUGAAGGUUUUUUAUAAAUGCACAACUUAAUUUUGAAAUGACAACUUACAGAAUGACAUAAAGUAAGUUCUAAUUGUAAUCUCAUAAUAUAUCAAGGCAAUCAGGUAAAUAAAUUUGUUAGAUUUGAAGCAAUUUUAUAUCAGGAUAAACAAAUUGGUAAGUAUGAAUAUUAUAUGAAACUCGUAGGUUUUUCCAAUGACUAACCCCUCAAAUAUGUUGACUGUGUUGAAUUGUUCAAUAUUCAGGGAUAUUAGACAUAUCACAAUACAAAAUAAAUCAAAUUUAUAUAAUCCUUUACAAGCAUUUAUCUAACUUAAUUUAUUAAACCAGUUGAACUAACUGAUUGAGCUGAAAUUUUGCAUACACCUGUUGGUAUACUAUACUAAUAUUCAUUUAUUUUAAUACAUGAACAACAUUUUUAUUUUGGAUAAUUUUGAAACUAAUAUUUGAACUAAAAUUAGUCACUACAAUUUGUUUGAUUUAAUUUUAUGUCAUGUGGAAUUAAAGGUUUGGUUAUCUAAUCUAUUGAUAAUAAUAAAAUCGAAACAACACAAGUGUAAACAUUACCAAUCAUGGUUCUAACACAUUAACAUUGCUGAGCUUAGACAAACACAUUCGAUUCGAAUUAAAGCAAUUUCGAUCGUCUUCUAUCAACUUUGAUCGCGUCCAAUCAAAUACUUAUGACAUACAUUUUGGUGUUACAAGCGAAUACGUCGAUCGAUGUGCAAGUUGUCUAGGUCCGGUGGUUAGGCUUAGUCAUUUAUGUCAAUACAUAUUUAAUACUUUACAUGAGUUAGCCUAUUAUAUUAUAAACUUUUUAAUAUAGUUCAUAUUUUGCUAUUACGAUUGUUGAAUUUUAUUAUAUGGUUUACAUAAUGUAUGUAGUUUAAAUUGCAUUCAUUUAUAAAUCGUUUAUGUAAUAUUUUGUAUGUAUAUUAGGAAAAAUAGUAAGUAAGAGGUGCAUUGAUUAUAUUAUGUAUAUUGUUUCGUAUGAAACCGUUACAUUAUUAAUUUAAGGUAUUUUUUCAUAUUAGAUAUAGUUUGUUUGAAAAAAUUUGUUCGCAAAAAUUCUAAAAUAAGGUCACGGUUUAAUUAUUUAUAAUCAUAACAUAGGCCUAAAAUGUUAACACGUCGAGAGCGUACUGUUACUGUUAUUUUUCGAAAAACUAAGCGAAAUAUAACAUUAUUGUUUAAUAUUCGGUUGACAAAUAUACAAUAAUAUUUUUUA